GACCACUCACUCGUCGUCAUAGCACAAACAUCAUUCAAUCAUGUUGGUCAAAAGAUUGCUGCUGGGAGCGGUGUGGUUGCUCUCGCUAAGUGAAGGAGCCCGAAUUCUCGGUGUCAUCCCAACCGGUGGGAGAUCGCAUCAUAUCGUUGGUGUUUCCUACAUGAAAGCCCUGGCGGAGGCAGGACACGAUGUAACGGUGUUGGGCGCCUAUCCGGAGAAGAAUCCACCGAAAAACUAUCGAGAUAUCGAGUUGACUGGCAUCGUGGAGGCUCUUUUCGCUAUAUUCGAGAAUUUGUUUCAAAUCAAAGAUGCCACCAUCUUCGACAACCUUAUCUUGACGUAUAGGGACUUCGGGAGUUUCACCAGUGAGUUCACCUUCAAUCACCCCAACGUUCAGCGUUUGCUGAACUCGGGAGAGACGUUCGACGCGGUCAUCGUUGAAACCUUCCUCACGGAAGCUAUUUACGGAAUGGCACAACACUUCAACGCGUCGCUCAUCACGUACUCACCCUUUGGAAGCUCCGUCUGGACGACCGAGUUGACGGGAACCCCAGCGCCCAGCUCACAUGUGCCGAGCUGGAUGCUGGAGUACUUGGAUAGGAUGACUUUCCGCGAGCGGCUUUGGAAUACGGUCAUCGAUUGGUUGAACCGGGCGAUGUACAGAGGGAUUCAUCUUCGAACUCAGCGGCAGAUUUAUGAGAGAGUAUUCCCGAAUGCAAGGAUAUCGUUCGAUGAGCAGAUGAGGAGCGUCUCGCUGGUGCUGCUAAACGACCACUUCACGCUGGGUUCGGCGAGACCGUACCAACCGAACAUGAUCGAAGUGGGAGGGAUUCAAAUCGAGACGGUUGAGCCGUUGCCUGCUGAUGUCAAAAAAUUUCUAGAUGGAGCAACGGAUGGUGCCAUUUAUUUCAGCAUGGGCUCAUAUCUUAAGUCAAAAGAUCUUCCAGUCGAGAAACGCAACGCGUUCAUCAAGGUUUUCUCCGGAUUGAAACAGCGUGUCCUUUGGAAGUUUGAGGACGAGUCGAUUCCCAAUCUUCCGGAAAAUUUGAUGAUCAAGGCGUGGAUGCCACAAAAUGACAUUCUGGCACAUCCAAACGUUCGGGUAUUCAUCACCCACGGCGGUCUUCUUGGAUCUACGGAGGCUCUGUAUCACGGGAAACCCGUAAUCGGUAUUCCCAUCUUUGGCGAUCAGAUGAUGAAUGUUCAGAGAGCCGUGCGAACGGGGUACGGGGUACUGUUGGACCUCAACGAUGUAACCGAAAAAACUGUACAAAGGGCCAUCGAUGAGGUUUUGGAUAACCCUAGCUACGCCGAAAAGGCGCAGCUCAUCUCCAAACGCUACCGCGAUAAACCAAUGACGCCGAAGGAGACGGCCGUCUAUUGGAUUGAGUACGUGAUACGGCACCAGGGAGCGCCACAACUUCGAUCUCCCGCAGUUGAGCUGACGGUCCUAGAAUACAAUCUGGUAGAUGUGUAUCUAACUUUAGCUGGGAUUUUCUGUUCAAUAGUAGCCAUCUGCUACUGGACUGUCAAAAGAAUGAAACGAAUGAUCCAUACAUACUGGCUAGAGUACAAUAAAAAGAGGGAUUGAAACACGUU